AUGCCUUGGCGCGUGCCGAUCCCUCGACGUCGCCCGAACCCGCCACAGCCCCAGGCGACCUACACUUUCCAUGGGACCGGGGGAGGUGGUAAUGGGACAACAUAUGUGUUGAACUCAGUUGUCCGGAACCGACAGAAAGCCAUGCGGUAUACUGUGGUCACAGUCGACGGGCGGACGACCAUCACCAACCGAAACAGAGACGUCGUUGCAGACAUCUACUGGAAUCACGCGCGUUACCCACGUAUUCAGUAUGGCCAAGGUAGCAUCGUCAAGUGCAAGAAGUGGUUCAAGUAUGGUAUCUCACGACUAACGCGCACGGUACGCGCCAAUAACCGGACCUAUAGAUGGGCCCGAGUCGAUAGAGAAGAUGUGUUCACGUUUACCCGCGACGAGAAGCUGAAAGUUCAACCAGCAUGCAUCGCUGGCGUGAACGGUAACACUGGGCUCCUUGUUGCCGACUUCCAGGAGAGCGCCAGCGAUACAGCAGUCAAGGAUGUACUCGUCGUCGCUCUUAUCCUCCUACACGGCAAGAACGGUUGGCUGAAGUUGGGUCAGUUCGGCCCGAACCCGGCGCGCUACAUGCAGAAGUCCCUAGCCGUCACUCUGGCGUUGAUCGGAUUGGGGAAGUCAAUUGCAGAAGUAGCAGCAUAG